UCUUUAAUAUGAGAAGUUCUUGUGAAUAAUAGCAUUCUUAUGACUUCUUAACUGAAGUGAUUCUUCCAACCUUAAUUGGAAUUUUUUUGCCCUGAAAUACCUUUUAAGAAACUUUUUUGCCUUGAACCGCUCUUUAAAACUUUUUUCUUCAUAUAGUGAGACACUUCUUGAAAUCUAGCAAGAUAAGUCAAGUGUAAAGUUAGGUGAAGCCAUUUUGGAGAUAUGUAGUGACCCAAACAAAAAUUAGAAAAAAAAUAAAAUAUAUUUUAACCUCAUGUCCCAAGUUCCACUUGUCCUAUAGUAGAUUUUUUUUUCUGCAGAGAUUAGAUCUGGCAUGCAAUAUAGGUAGACAGGUGUUAUUUUGUUGAAGGUUGGGUGGGAUAUGGGAAAUAUGACUAGUAAUAAUAGGAAGCUAGUUUCUUAACUAUGGAAAGGCAUCUCUAAUGUUAAAAUAUUGAUAAGUUAUUUUGAAGUACAUAAUGCAGACAAAAGAAUUUUGUUAAUGCUGGGAUGCAAUACAAAUCCUAAACUUAUAGAUGGUAGCUAUCUUUAUUAUUAGCUGGAGUAAAUAAAGGAGUUCCUACCACUUUAAAAAAAAAGAAAUUAAGAAUGUACGGUACUUCUGAGAGAGGAAUAUGGUCAUAAAUAUCCAGUAUUGCCAAGUGAACCUUAACUUUGUUGUCCGACUUUGAUUUUCACUUCUCAGCUGUAGAGUUGUAUUGACGUAAAAUUUAUUUUUUCUGUUCUAUUUCCUAGAUCUAGGAUCCUUAACUUGAAGAAAAAUCAUGUACAAACUAUUCUGCCUUUCUCUGUCUUUAUUUUUAAACUUUAGAUAUUUUUGCACUUGUUUCAGUAUCUUUCUAGAAAUGUGUGUGGUGUUUAAAAUUGUAUUUCAAAUAAUGUGUACUCAAGGCAACCAUUUUAGGCAAGAAAUUGUUCUUUUAAAAGGUACUAAUUUGUGAACCAAUUUUAUUUUCUUGCUUGCAGCCACUGAUCAUGAGAUGUUUCCACGAAAUCUACCUCAGACCUCACUUUUGCUCAUUAAUGUGCUGCGCCAUUUCAAAUCUCAGCAGGAGCUCUGCAAACACUCUUGAAAAAGUCUUGAGAGAACAGAUUGUGACACCAAAUCAAUGCGUGAUGACCUAGUAGUAGGUUGAAGUCUGAAACAUUCUUGAUACAGCAGUCCAAGAGAACACUGCCUAAUGUAUUGAUAUAAUUUCUAAAGGCUACAAACAGCUCCUGCAGUUUCUUCGUCUUGUUACGCCAGAAACAUUCAUUUGACCUUUCUCCUGCAGAAGGUCCUUGCCUCUCUAGUCCUGGAAAUAUUAAUGGAAUACAGUCAUGUCUACUCAGGAUGAAAGGCAGAUCAAUACCGAAUAUGCUGUAUCCUUGCUGGAGCAGUUAAAAUUGUUCUAUGAACAGCAAUUGCUAACUGACAUAGUGUUGAUUGUUGAGGGCACUGAAUUCCCCUGCCAUAAGAUGGUUCUUGCAACAUGCAGCUCUUAUUUCAGGGCCAUGUUCAUGAGUGGGCUAAGUGAAAGUAAACAAACACAUGUACAUCUGAGGAAUGUGGAUGCAGCCACUUUACAAAUUAUAAUAACUUAUGCAUACACGGGUAACUUGGCAAUAAGUGACAGCACGGUAGAACAGCUUUAUGAGACUGCUUGCUUUUUACAGGUAGAAGAUGUGUUACAGCGAUGUCGAGAAUAUUUAAUUAAAAAAAUAAAUGCAGAGAACUGUGUGCGGUUAUUAAGUUUUGCUGAUCUCUUCAGCUGUGAAGAGUUAAAACAAAGUGCUAAGAGAAUGGUAGAGCACAAGUUCACUGCUGUGUACCACCAAGAUGCUUUCAUGCAAUUGUCACAUGAUCUACUGGUAGAUAUUUUAAGCAGUGACAACUUAAAUGUGGAAAAAGAGGAGACAGUUCGUGAAGCUGCUAUGUUAUGGCUGGAAUACAACACAGAAUCACGAUCACAGUAUUUGUCCUCUGUUCUUAGCCAAAUCAGAAUUGAUGCACUUUCAGAAGUAACACAGCGAGCCUGGUUUCAAGGAUUACCACCUAAUGAUAAAUCGGUGGUAGUGCAAGGAUUAUACAAAUCUAUGCCCAAAUUUUUCAAACCAAGACUUGGUAUGACUAAAGAGGAGAUGAUGAUAUUCAUUGAAGCUGCUGCUGAAAACCCUGGUAGUCUUUACUCUUCUGUCUGUUACAGCCCCCAGGCAGAAAAAGUUUACAAGCUUUGCAAUCCUCCUGCCGACUUGCAUAAGGUUGGAACACUUGUAACUCCUGAUAAUGAUAUCUAUAUAGCAGGUGGGCAAGUUCCUCUGAAAAACACAAAAACCAAUCACAGUAAAACUAGCAAACUUCAGGCUGCCUUCAGAACUGUGAAUUGCUUUUACUGGUUUGAUGCACAGCAAAACACUUGGUUUCCAAAGACUCCAAUGCUGUUUGUUCGUAUAAAGCCAUCCUUGGUCUGCUGUGAAGGAUACAUCUAUGCAAUUGGAGGAGAUAGUGUAGGUGGAGAACUCAACAGAAGAACUGUGGAAAGAUAUGAUACUGAGAGAGAUGAAUGGACCAUGGUAAGCCCAUUGCCUUGUGCAUGGCAGUGGAGUACAGCAGUAGCAGUUCAUAACUGCAUUUACGUAAUGGCCCACAACUUGAUGUACUGUUAUUUUCCCAGGUCGGAUGCUUGGAUAGAAAUGGCUAUGAGACAAACUAGUAGAUGCUUUGCUUCUGCUGCCGCUUUUGGUGACAAAAUAUUCUAUAUUGGAGGAUUGCAUAUUGGCAGCAAUUCUGGUAUAAGACUCCCAACUAGCACUGUAGAUGGGUCUUCCGUAACUGUGGAAGUCUACGAUGUGAAUAAAAAUGAAUGGAGGAUGGCAGCUAAUAUCCCUGCCAAGCGGUAUUCUGACCCUUGUGUUAGAGCUGUUGUAAUUUCCAAUUCUUUGUGUGUCUUCAUACGAGAAACCCACAUGAAUGAGAGAGCCAAGUAUGCCACCUACCAAUAUGAUCUGGAGCUUGAUCGGUGGUCUCUACGACAGCAUAUAUCAGAACGUGUGCUCUGGGACUUAGGAAAAGACUUCCGAUGCACUGUAGGAAAGCUGUAUCCAUCUUGCCUUGAAGAGUCCCCAUGGAAACCUCCAACAUAUCUCUUUUCACCAGAUGGGGCUGAUGAGUUUGAGCUGGAUGGGGAGAUGGUUACCCUGCCACCCGUAUAGCCCCCAAAUUAGAGACUGCACACCUGCUUCUGGGCUCAGUUACCUUGAAAUAGAAACUUUAAUGAAAGAACAGGACUGGAAAUUGAAACAUUAAACCUGUCUUUCAUAAUUGUAUUUUUAUGCCCUACUUAGCAUUUGCAGUCAUUCAGUAUGAAUCAGUGACUUUUAUAAGCAGAUAUGCUUCCAUAAUCUGAGAUACUAUCUGAUAACUGAGAGAAACCUAUAUGUAUAUCAUGAGCUUAAGCAUCUGACUACUGUCUGAAGAAUUAAUUUCUAGUACUAUGAAGUCUUUCAGUUCAAGAAAAAUCACAAAAGCAGUUAUUGUUACUAGGAUGGUAUGUCACAGUUGUUCUGAAAAUAUCUUCCAGUUAUAUUUGAACUACUUCUGGAUAUUCUACUUUAGUGCUCAUUAUAUAAUUUUCAGUGUGGCCUAAGUAAUGGAAUGUGCUGCACUUAACACCAAUAUCCGUAUCGGUAUAGUAACGCCAUUUAAAAGAAAAAUAAACAAAUCCCAUGGAUCUACCUGUGGUAGGAAGGGUAGAUCUUCCUUUGUAUGAUAACAUGCAGGGCAAAAUGACUGCAGGUUCAGUCAAGGUGUAUUAUUAAGUGCAUGUAUUCUAUUUUCACUAACUUAUACCUGUCUGUUUAGAAUACAGGUCUUCCAAGCAGCUGGUGGUUUACCAGAUGUGGACUUAAAUUGCUGGGCUUGCAAUAGGAAUUGCUAGCCACUCAUAGUGCGGGUCUGUGUGGAGCUUUAAUCAAUAAAUGCCUCCACAUUCUGUAUUACAGUAACAUUGGCUCAUGUAUAAUACUUCCUGCUGCUGAUGUAUUUUUCCAAUGUAAAACAAAGUUUUAGUGUGGAUUAACCAGGUCUUUAUUUUUUGUUAAUUUAAUAACAAGCAUUACUGUAGUGUGAUUGUGUAUAGAUAUCCCUUAGCUAUCAGGUUUUUUACCUUUUUGGGGGAGGGAGAGCUAAUUGUUCAGGAAUAUUCUGUACGCUGUGUGCAGGAGAGCAGAUGACUAGUGCUGCUCUGGCAUUAAUCCCAGGAACCACUAGCAGUAGCGGGGCGCCGCCAAUCUAACAUGAACACAGGUGCUUCAUGACAACCUUAUUAGCAUGUUCAGCUGCAUCAUGUUCUGGCACUGUAUUUUGAAUGACAUUAAUUUAUUAAAAAAAGACUGAAUCUAAA